AUGUCUCGUCAAGUGAGAGAAGUGAACGUAGUCCCUUUAACAAAAAUAAAGCAAGAAAAGCUUUCUGAUGAUGAAGACGAAGAUUCAGUGUCUUGUAAAGCAUGCAGUAAAACCUUCGUGUCUGAAACAGCGUUACAGAAUCACGCCAGAAUAGAGCAUAUUGACAGAUAUCUGCUCGGAGAAGACUUGUGUGUUAAACAAUAUAAACGAAAGUACAGCGUACAAGAACAAGAAGCAAUGAAACGUAGGACCGAGGAACUCAUAUCAUCAAUGGAGCCGACUAAUCUGAUGAGUCUAGCUUCAAACGAUGUCAGCUACAUCAUCAUAAAAUCCGACGGCCAGCCGGAAAUAAAAAGAUUUAAGAAGGAAAAGGUAGAAAGAGAAAAACCUGUGAAAGACGUGAGACAAGUCAAAAAGGACAAAGAGGUUCAAGCUAUAAGCGGUCCCUUCGAGUGUCUCCAGCCAUCAACCCGAGCUCCCUCGGGUCUAUGUCACCAAAUGUUCCUCUCCUGCUGUCAAUAUUCUGCCCACUGGAGGGACGAACACACAAGGAGGAGGAAGGGGCUCCGCUGCCAGGUCUGUGAGAAGCCCCUCGCUCACACCUUGGAGCCCUAUGUCUGUCAGGUAUGCGGAAUUGGUUUCGACAACGCCAAAGACCUAAGCUUUCACAGUCAAACCAGUCAUAUAAAAUUGAAACCAUUCGAAUGCACGGUCUGCCACAAGAGAUUUACACAACAAGCAGGGGUCAACCAACAUAUGAGGAUGCAUACCGGAGAUCGACCAUUCACCUGUACAUAUUGCUCGAAGACUUUCACUCAGAAGUCCGGUCUUGACCAACAUUUGAGGAUACAUACUAAAAUCAAGCCAUAUCGAUGUGUUAUAUGCAGUAAAUCCUUCUGCCAAUCUGUUCAUCUACAACAGCAUAUGCGCACACACACAAAUGUAGCACCAUUCCAAUGUGGCAUAUGCCAGAAGCGUUUCAAACAAAGCAGCCAUCUUAAUUAUCAUCUAAAAUACCAUAAUUUGAACAUGACCGAUGAACAGAAACAAAGAUAUGAUGAAUUGAUGAUGAUGAUGGGGAAAACACAAGUGAAAACAGAUCAGAAUUAUGUGUUAAUGGACAGUGUGAGUGAGAACCAUUAA